AUGCCCAAAGACUACCAAGAGGUCUACAGAGGGACAAAAAAUGACGUCAAAGAGAUCCCAAAGAUUGCAAAGCCCUUCAUUUCUGAGAUGAUCUUCGUGCAAACCAGCAUCACUGCUAUAAGGAAAGGUGCAUUCAGGUACAUGCCCAACCUGAUCAAGAUUUUGUUUAUUGGCAACAAGAUCAAGACAGUUGAACCUGGAGCCUUUGAUAGUUUGGAGAAGCUGAGGGACUUGGAGAUAUCUGGUGCCUUGUUAGAAGAACUAGCUGUGGGCACUUUCCAAAACCUCCCAAGCUUGCAGAGGCUGGAUCUGAGAGACAGCCACCUCAGAUACAUUCCCAAAGGCCUGUUUGAUGGGCUGGAAAAUUUGGGAGAGCUCUCCCUGCACAUCAAUGCAAUCCCUUCUCUUCCAGAAGGCGUUUUUGAUUCUCUCGUCAAUCUAACGUUUUUGGACCUGGCUAGAAACAGGAUCACGACUCUUCCUGGGGAUGCCUUUAGCAAACUCCCCCAGCUGCAAGUCCUCCGGCUGUAUGAGAAUGAGUUGCAGGACCUCCCAGAGGGGCUGCUAGACAGUCAGCCAGGGCUGCUGGAGCUCAGCCUCCAGAGGAACAGGCUCAGGGCGCUGCCACCCAUGCUCUUGAGGAGCCUGUCUCACCUGGAGAAACUCCUCUUGGACAACAACCUCAUUGGGGUUCUCCCACCUCAGGGCUUUUUUGGUUUAAACAAAUUGAAGCUGCUGACUCUGGGUUCAAACCACAUUACGGAGCUCCCCUGCUGCCUUUUUGACACCAUGCCACACCUGCAGGAGCUGGACUUGGGCAGGAACAGUUUGGCCACACUUCCAGACGGCAUCUUUGUCAACCUUACAUCUCUUGACAAACUCAUCUUGUCCCACAACCAGCUAGCAGCUCUACCAAGAGGAACCUUCACUGGGCUCAGCAAGCUCUUGGACCUCCAGCUGGAUACAAAUCAGCUGUCUGCUCUGGACAAUGAGGUCUUUGCUUCUCUCCCAAAUCUGAAAACCCUCAACCUUCGGAAGAACCAGCUGGAGAGUGUCCCCCAAGGUCUCUUGGACCCCCUGAAGAAGCUCAGCUCAGUGUAUCUGAGUGGGAACCCAUGGAGAUGUGACUGCAACCUCUGCUACCUGCACAGCUGGAUCCUGGGCAACAAUGAGAAAGUCAAAUUGUCCACCCAG